AUGGCCCGCCUGCUGGGCACCCUGCGCAGCUCCCAGCCCGUGGCGCGCUUCCAGCGCUCCUGCGGGCUCUUCCCCGCCGGCGAGGAGGGCGGCGGCAGCGGCGAGCCCGCGGAGGGGCCCCGGGCCGGCGGCGCCUGCAAUGGAGCGGGCGCGCUGCGCCGCCCGGCCGGCGCUGCCCCCGGCGGGGUGCGGAGCGGCCGCGGCCCGCAGGGUUGCACACAGAAGUAUAUUGUGAAGAACUACUUCUACUACUACUUGUUCAAGUUUUCAGCUGCUUUGGGUGAAGAGAUUUUUUAUAUCACUUUCCUUCCAUUUACCUACUGGAAUAUAGAUCACUCUGUGUCUAGAAGAAUGAUAAUUGUUUGGUCUAUAGUGAUGUACAUAGGCCAGGUCUCCAAGGACAUCCUGAAGUGGCCUCGGCCCCUGUCACCACCUGUUGUGAAGCUCGAGAUGAGGACAAAUGCAGAGUAUGGGAUGCCAUCCACCCACGCCAUGGCAGCUACAGCCAUCUCCUUCUCCUUUUUCAUUGCCACCAUGAACCAGUACAAGUAUCCAUUCGAGCUCGGCCUCGCAGCAGCGUUCGUGUUCUCGACGUUGGUGUGCCUGAGCAGGCUCUACACAGGGAUGCACACGGUCCUGGAUGUGAUCGGAGGAGCACUGAUUUCGGCCGUGCUGCUCGUGCUCUUGUAUCCUGCGUGGGACACAAUAGACCACUUGCUGUUGACCAGCCCCUUCUGCCCGUUGUUCUCCAUAGUUGUGCCUCUUGUCUUAUGUUACAACUACCCCAAACUAGACUAUUACAGCCCUACCAGGGGAGACACCACUACCAUCUUAGGAGCAGCAGCUGGAGCAACUGUGGGAUUUUGGUUAAACAACCAGUACGCUGCUUCAGCCCACACUGGCACAGGUGUUCAGCCUGGGCUUCCUCUGGCCAGCAGUACAAUGGUGUUUGUGCUGGCCAGGUUCUUCACAGGGAUCUUGGUUGUGCUGCUGACACGCUGGCUCAUGAAGAGCGUGGUCCUCGGCGUGCUGGGCUAUCGGUACCAGUUCCCCAUGGGUGACCUGCAAGCCCGGAGACGCCUGGAGGUUGAGGUGCCCUACAAGUUUGUGACGUACUCCUGCGUUGGCUUCACGGCCACCGUGCUCGUGCCGCUGCUGCACCAGCUGCUGGGGCUGAUGUGAGCUCAGCUGCUCCUCACCAGCUGCCUGCAGCACCACUGCUGUGGGGACAGGACAGUCCAGGCUGCUGACUCAACCAAAAAGUGGUUUUGUGCCUUUCUGCACUGGUGUGGUGGGUUUGGCUCUGGCUGCGUGCCAGGGGCUCACCAAAGCUGCUCUAUCACUCCUCUCUCUCCAGGGAGAGAAUAUAAUGAGAGGAUCAUGGCUCAAGACAAGGGCAGGGAGAGAUCACUCAGCAGUUUUACUGUCACAGGCAAAACAGACUCGACUUGGGGAAAUAAGUUUAAUUUAUUACCAAAUUAUCAGAGUAGGAUAAAAAGAAAUAAAACCAAACAUUUACAACCACCUUCCACCUACCCAUCCCUUCUUUCUAGGCUCAACUUCCCUCCUGAAGUCUCUAGCUCCUCCUAUCCACCAUCAGAGGGGGAUGGGAAUGGAGGUUACAGUGAGUUCAUCACAUGUCGCUGCUGCUGCUCCUUCCUCCUAAAGGAUAGAACCCCUCACACUCCUCCCUGGCUCCAGCAUGGGGUCCUUCCCACAGAAGAUAACUCUCCAAAAACUUCUCCAAGGUGAAUUUUUCCAUGGGCUGCGCUUCAUCCAGCAUGGGUCCCUUGAAGGAUCAAAAGUCCUGCCACGAACCUUUUUCAGUGGUGGUCUCCAAACCCUUCUUAGGGCAUCACAAUGCUUCAGUGUGGGGUCCUCCACUGAUGGCAGGUGGAUCUCUGUUCUCCAUGGGCUGCAGGGGCACAGCUGCACCACCAUGGGCUGCACCAUAGGCUGCAGGGGAGUCUGCUCUGGCAGCCAGAGCACCUUGUUCUCUUCCUUCUGUGAUCUUGGUGUCUGCAGAGUUGUUUCUCUCCCAUGUCUUCACUCUUCUUUCUGCCUGCAGUUGUGCAGAUUUUUCCUCCCUUCUUAACUCUGUUGUCCCAGAGGUGCUGCUGCUGUCACGGAUGGGCUCAGCCUUGGCCAGCAGUGGAUCUGUCUGGAAGCCAGCAGGGAUUGGUUCUGUUGGACACAGGGGAAGCUUCUGGCACCUUCUGAGAGAAGUCACCUUUAUGGCCACCCUCCACCACAACCACGCCCUUGCCACACAGACACAAAGCAACUGGCCUAAAAAAAUCUAACUUGGAGGAGUCAUGGGAAUUCCUGUGCACAGAUCACUUUGGGUUAGAAAUCACUGACCCCACUGCGUCCCACAAUUAGACACACUUUGCCCAGGCAACUAAAUGUGACAAGCACACAGCCAGAAUCCCUGCCAGAGCAGUAGCAAUGGCUGCUUUGCUGUGGGGUUGGGGUUGCUGGGGAGCAGGGCUGUGCCUCUGCCUGCCUGGCUGGGGGCUGCUCCUGAAACAGUAGAGCAAGCCAAGCAGGGCUCAGGUUUGGGGCAUCAGGGAAAAAGUGGCUGGUGGGGUGGGGGGAGAUGUGACCAGCCAAAAACCAAAAUGCCAUCAUUGGGCAGAGCUCAUAGUGUCUUCUGAUGGCACUGCCAGACCAGGCUUGUUCUGUGUGGAUGGUUUUACCAUUAUUACAAUCUGAAAAAAAAUCCCAAACCCAAAACAUAGAAGAGAAGG